AUGGAUUUUGAUUCAUCUGGGAGCUCACCGAUUGACUCUUUGGGGGAUUUGGAUCAAGGGGAUUCGGAGCUUCGGAAUUUUCUGGCCUUUGAGCAGCAACGGGUUGCGUUUCAGGCUCAGAUAAACAAGUUACAUGAUGUUUGCUGGGAUAAGUGCAUGGAUGGUAAGCCAGGCGUCAAGCUCGACAGCAGAACAGAAGUGUGCUUUACCAACUGUGUCGACAGAUUUAUCGACGUGUCGCUUGCUAUCGCUAGUCGAUUCGCAAACGCUCUUCAACGGCAGGCGGGUGGGAUGUGA